GACGUGGGAGACGACCCCGUUAGGCCACCGAAAGCACGGGACCGGGCCUAACUCGCACGCGUGAGAUCUGUGCCUUCCGCCACGGCCACAUGCCACACAACGACGCCCGGCAACGGCAAGCUUCACCGAUCGAGGUAGGCCUGCCCGAUACCGAGGAGGAUGGCAGCGGUGGGCGUAGGUGCAGCGGACGAGCGGUGGGCUUCGUUGUGCAACUGCGUGGUGAACUUCUUGCUGGAGGAGCGGUAUCACCUCACGGCGCUAGAGCUAAUGCAGGAGCUCCAGGAGGACGGCCGCUCCGCGCACGCCCUCCGCCUCCGCGCCUUCUUCUCCGAUCCAGCGCUCUUCCCGCCCGAUCUCGUCGCCCGCGCAUCCUCUGCGCCGCCCGGAGCUGAUCCACAGAUUUUGCUACAAGAGAAAAUAGCAGCAGAAGAAAAGUUGGCACUCGUGGAGUAUGAUCUGCGCCUAGCCAAAGAAGACCUUUCACAGUUCAAGCUUGACUUGCAAAAACAAAAAGAAUCAUCUCCUGAUGAUUCAAAUGGGCUCCUUUUGGGUGCUUCUAUACGUGAAGGAUCUACUAGCCAACAAGACAAAUGGGAUACGAAAAUUUCAGCAUUAGGCCCUCUAAAGGAUAAUGAGCGAAAAGAUCUUAACUGUGCUGUAAAAGAAUACUUGCUUUUGGCAGGGUAUCGAUUUGCUGCUAUGACAUUCAUUGAGGAGGUUCCUGAUCAAGACCUUGAUGUUUGGCCAAACAGUUCAGCAUGUGUCCCUGAUGCCCUUCGUCGUUAUUACUAUCAGUACCUUUCAUCUAGUGCAGAGGCUGCGGAGGAAAAAAUAUCCAUACUUCAGGAAAAUGAAACGUUACUUAAGGACAAUGAACGACUCAAUGCUGAAAAUGAUUCCUUGAUGAAGAGCAGGGAAGGAGCUAAUAGUCAGGUUACCGCUUUAAGAAAGUCUUUGGAAGCUGCACAUAGAGAUAUAAAAGACAAGGAAAAAAUGAUUCAAGACUUGAGGCAGUCACUGGAUGUCCAGAGGAAGGAGCUGAAUGACUGCAGAGCUGAAAUUACAGCCCUGAAGAUGUACAUUGAAGGGACUCAAUCAAGUAAGCAAUUGUUUGUUGGAACUAGUGAUGGUGUGAAGUUGCAUUCCAUUGCUAAUUCUGUGGGCGCAUCAUCAUUGAAUAAUGAAGAUGAGGACUCAAAAGGAUCUGAAGCCGUAACAAAGAAGCUAGCAUCGGCAGUAAAUAUUACUGAUGAUACACAGAAAGAUCGCCAAGUUCUAGAAAGUAGUGUUGAAGGUUCCUCAAUUUCAGAAACUCCAGUUUCUUUCACAACUGAUGAGAAUGGCAGCUAUGAUACUUCAGAAAAAGAUAAAUCUGCAUCAAAUAUCUCAUCGAACAAUGUAUGUUUUCAGAGUAAUCUGCAUGGAGCUUCCAUGACUGGUAAAAGCCAGGGGAGUUCAGAUGGCAUAUCCAUGUAUUUAUCUAUUGAGAAACUAGAGAGCCCAAGUAAACAAAAAUGUUCAGAUAAGAUGGCUUUGGAGACUAUAAAGAUAGUUUCAGAUGCACUUCCAAAGAUUGUUCCUUAUGUGCUCAUAAACCAUCGUGAGGAACUUCUUCCAUUGAUCAUAUGUGCUAUAGAAAAGCAUCCAGAUAGCGAUGUACGAGAUUCCUUGACUCAUACAUUGUUUAACCUGAUAAAACGGCCUGAUGGAGAACAGAGACACAUCAUAAUGGAUGCUUGUGUAGAAUUAGCAAAGAGCAUUGGUGAGAUGAGGACAGAAACUGAGCUACUUCCACAAUGUUGGGAACAGAUAAACCACCAAUAUGAGGAGCGUAGAUUGCUUGUUGCCCAGUCGUGUGGAGAACUUGCCAUUUAUGUCCGUCCAGAGAUACGAGAUUCCCUCAUUUUAUCCAUUGUGCAACAACUCGUUGAGGAUGCUGCAGUUAUUGUAAGGGAAGCUGCAACACAUAACCUGGCAUUGCUUCUUCCUAUGUUUCCAAACCUGGACAAAUAUUAUAAGGUUGAGGAGUUAAUGUUCCAAUUGGUCUGUGACCCAUCUGGGGCAGUUGUGGAAGUUGCACUGAAGGAACUUGUUCCUGCUGUAGUAACAUGGGGAGAUAAACUUGAUCAGAUAUCAAGAGUGCUAUUGGCUCAUAUCCUGGCAUCUGCUCAGCGGUGUCCACCUAUUUCAGGUGUUGAAGGUACAAUAGACUCUCAUCUUCGUGUUUUAGGAGAACAAGAGCGCUGGAAUAUUGGUGUCCUUCUUCGAAUGUUGACUGAGUUGCUACCAUUUAUUCAUCAGAAAGCUAUACAGACUUGUCCCUUUGCAUCAGUCAAUCCGAGUUCUACACCAGAAAACUUCUCAGCAUCCUGCCUAAAAUCAUAUGCAGCAGGUGACUCAGAGUGGUCAGCAUUUGAGUGGAUGCACACUGAUUGCCUGCCGAAUUUGAUCAAGCUUGCCUGCUUGUUGCCUGUGAAAGAAGAUAACUUAAGAACCAUUAUCACAAAGUACCUCUUGGAAGUAUCUGGACUCUAUGGCAAAGAUUAUCUGGAGCACAUUAUGCUACCUGUAUUUCUUGUAGCAGCUGGUGAUAUUGAUAGUGGCGAUUUUACCUAUUUUCCUCUAUCAAUCCAGCCAAAAGUCCGUGGCUUGCGGCCGAAAACUUCAACUGCUGAAAAACUUGCCAUCAUGUGUGUCUUCCCAUUAUUGUUAUCUGGUAUUUUGGGUUCUCCUUCCAGUCGUCAACAGUUGGAAGAAUAUCUGAGAAAAGUACUUAUCCAAAACACCAAGGAUGGUUCAUUUUCUAUGCAUCAUACUACUGAGAUCAUUAAUGCAGUUCGGUUUCUUUGCUUAUUUGUGGAGCACCAUAGUGUCAUCUUUAACGUUUUGUGGGAGAUGGUUGUGAGCUCUGGUACCUGCCUGAAAAUAAAUGCUGCGGCUCUACUGAGAGCACUUGUAUGUGUACUGUACAUGAAAGAUUCAGUGAUCUUCUAUGCUUUUUAUGAUAUUCGUUUUUGCUUUAACGUACAGGUACCCUACACUGAUGUGAAAGUAGCAUCAACUCAUAUUUUGCCAGCACUUGUUACUCUUGGCUCUGAUCAAAACUUGAAAGUAAAAUAUGCUAGUAUAGAUGCAUUUGGAGCUGUUGCUCAGCAUUUCAAAAAUGACAUGGUUGUUGACAAAAUACGCAUUCAAAUGGAUGCUUUUCUUGAAGAUGGAUCGCAUGAAGCUUCUAUUUCUGUUAUUCGUGCACUUGCAGUAGCUGUGCCUCAUUCAACAGAUAGGCUACGUGAAUAUCUUUUAACCAAGAUAUUUAACAUGACAAGCAUCACACCUGUCAGCGAUGAUAUUGAACGGCGUUGUGAAAGAGCAAAUGUACUCUGUGAAGCACUCCGGGCUCUGGAUGCUACAGAUCUUCCUGCUAUGGGUGUACGUGAUCUGCUUCUGCCAUCAAUACAGAAUUUGUUAAAAGAUCUCGAUGCUCUAGACCCUGCGCACAAGGAGGCUUUAGAAAUCAUAAGCCGGGAAAGGUCAGGGGGUACGCUGGAAAGCAUCAGCAAGGUAAUGGGGGCACAUCUUGGGAUUGCAUCAUCGGUCAGCAGUUUCUUUGGUGAGAGCAGUCUCCUCACAAAGAAAGAAGGUGGCGAGGAACAUGACCCUGCUGGCCCCACCGUGCCUGAGCCAAACCUGCAGGCUCAGCCAGAGAGCACGAGGUUUGGUCGCAUAAUGAGGAGCGGCUUUGGAGACAUAUUGCGAGGUCAAAGCAAAGGAUAGUGAUGCACUUGGUUUGAAACGGUCAAUUACAUACAUAGCUCUCAGUACCUUUGUUAAUUAUUGUUCUUGUAAGUUCACCGAAUAUACCUCAAGGAUUGUAUUUUCUUUCCCGAGAGGUUUAAAAAAAAGCGAUGUGACGUUGCAAUUUGAUCUAGCAUCAAACUUUCUGAAUAAGACGAAAUAUAUGUAUGCUGAAAGACGAAAUAUAUGUAGGCUGCUCAUUUAUAAGACACUAAUAGUUGUGUACUUUGUUUUA